CGUAGGCCACAAAUUACAAUUAAGGCCUAUCUCGAGCGAAUAGAGAAGUAUGCGAACUGUUCCCCAAGUUGCUUUGUCGUCUCAUUGAUAUACAUUGAUCGACUCUGUCAACAUUCGGUGAUGUCGCUAUCCCUACUGAAUAUCCACCGUAUUCUGAUUACAGCAGUUUGUGUUGCUGCAAAAUUCCUAGACGACUCAUAUUAUCCUAAUUUAUUCUAC